AUGUUCCAUUCCACCCCACUAGUCCCCCGCACAUCCCCUAUCCGCCUGUACCCAACGCCCACCUCUCGCCUACCCGCCCUCUCCCCCCACCCUCUACCCCCCCACCCCCCCCCUUGUCCACCUCCCGCCCCCCUUCAAACUCCCCCUCCCUUCCCCUAUUGUCCUCCCCUCUCCUCUUCUCCCUCUCUCUUCUCCCCUUUCUCCCCCCUCCCCCCUUUCUCUUUUCCUCGCCCUCUUUCUCCCCUACCACCAUCGCCCAGUCGCCUCCGACUCUUUUCUCCGCCUUUUAGCGUUACCUUCCCCCCCCCCUCCCGGCCCCUUCCCUUUUCCUUCUUGCCCCUCCCUCCUUUUUCCCUACACUCCUUGUCCCUUCGUCCCCCCUCCCCCAUUUCACCCCUCCCACCCCCCCCUCGCCUCGCACCCCCUCCACCCCUCCUCCCCCCCCAUCCCCACGUUACUUAUCCCCCCCCUCCCCUUCCUCCCCUGCCUUCCACCGCCCCUCCCCUGCUCCCUUCCCUUACCCCCCUCUUUCUUUCCCUACCACUUCUCUCAAUACGCUCUUUCUUCCACCCAUCUCCCCCCACCCCCUACCCUGAAUGUAUCCCCCCCAACCGCUCACCCUGGCCCCCCUUCCGGGCCCCACAUCCCCCCUGGUUCUAA